UUCAAUUGAAUAGCUUCAAGUGAGAGAAACCGAGGGGGAUCGUGGAUGAAAGGAAACUAAUUACCGCUUUCCAUUCCCGCGGGCUGAAGCUGAAGUUGUUUUUCCAAAAGCCGCCGCCUACCAUCUCAUCGACAGCCGCCGGUUUCCACCUCCGCCAUGGCCGCCCCCUUCGAUCCCAGUUCUCGGGAGGCUGUUCCGAGGAAGCAAUCAGCCCCAUUCAAAUUCUUGGUUCCUCUCGUUUAUGCUCCUGUUCUUCCUCUUAUCAGAAUUGCGCUGCGGAAAAACCCUGUUGUGAGGGAUCGGCUGUUCACGGCGGUUUUGGCUGGUGCUUUUGCCCAUGGCUUUUACCUAGUAACUGAUAUCUACGAUGCUGAGAGCAAGUGAAGCUCAAUUUCCCACCUUCACCUGAUGUUUGCUGAGAGAUCAUUUUUACCCCCCCUUUUUUUACUUUACCCAAUAAUUCUUCUUACCAUUUUUUUUACUUAUUAUUACUACUGGAACAAUGAAUUGUAUUUUACAUGGGGAUUUUUUUACUGCUGGUUAAGACUUUAGAGUUGUGAUGGAAAUUAUGAAUAAUAAGUAAUUUCUAGUCUUCUUGAACCACA